AUGAUGCUGGACAUUCCGACCACCCAGCGCUUCAUCAACGACUGCGUCUCUUUCCAUUUUGACAUUGUGCAAGGUAUGUCUCGGCAGUACAUGACGUCCCCCGGUGCCUUCGCCAUGGGUGCAGCAAUGGCUGGCUUACUGCCAGCCAACAUCCGGAAUGUGCAGACCUACCCGGAGGAUGGCAAGUACUGCCGCGUGAUCAAUCAGCAUCUGGUGAGGCGGAACUAUUCAAUCCGCUUCGCCGAGCUGAGCGAUUUGCCCAGUCUCGUGCGGCUCGAGGAGAUGGCUUGGGCGCAGAACCUGCGCGCCACUGAGGAGGUGCUGAAAAACCGACUCACGACUUCUCCGACGACGAACCUCGUUUGCGAAAUGGACGGCAAGGUGGUGGCCGUGCUGUACACGCAGCGGAUUGCCUCCUUCGACGUCCUGGACGAACAGAGGUUCAUGGAGAUCUCCAAGACCCAUGAUCCGGCCGGUCCGGUCGUGCAGCUCAUAGCCAUUGCGAGUGAUCCGGAGGUCGGGAAGCUGGGUAUCGGCUCCGAUCUCCGGUCCUUCGCGCUGCAUCUCGCGCGCCUCGACCCGGGGGUCGACUGCGUGGUGGGAGUCACCCGGUGCAGGGACUUCAAAGCAUCCGGCAAGACAAUGCAAGAGUAUGUCGACAACCACGUCGCAGGGAAGGUCGUAGAUCCGAUCGUGGAUUUCCACACGAGCUACGGCGCAGAGGUGCUGAAGAUCGUUUCCGAUUUCAGACCAGAGGAUACGGACAACCAGGGAAUUGGUGUCCUUAUCAAGUACGACAUCAAAACGCUGGGCCGCGAGGUGGUUCCGCGCAAGGACACAAAGGUUUCCAUGAUCUCCACCUUGGAGGUCUUGUCUCAGAUCAUGGAGGAGCUGGGAUACAAGCUCGACACUUCCGACCUGCAGCGGGGCUUCUUUGACUAUGGCAUGGACUCGCUAGAGCUCAUCCGGGUGCGGAAUCGCCUGUGCAGCAGCUUCAGCAUGGACCUGCCAGCAACUUUGCUCCUUGACUUCCCAACGGUCAAGGACCUCGCAGACCAGCUAGACCGCGAUCGAGGAAUAGGCGACGGCAGCGAGACGCUCUCCGGUUCCGAGUCGGAGGAUGAUGACGACAUGGAAGCAUCCGGCUGGGAAGGGGUCUCUCCCUCUGAGUUGCUGGAUCUUCAAGAGAGGUGCAAAAACAUCUACAAGCAGCCGACCUACCAGAAGCAAUUCGCGGAGCUCGCGCGCAAAUGCUAUCCAGACAUGAUGCGAUACAUCUUAGCGAUCGAAGAGAUCUUGGUGAAAGUGGAGGGGCCUUUGAUGCUCGAGCUUGGUCUUAUCGAAGCUCUCGAUUGGCAGACCGUGCAAAUCGGCAGAAGCCACAUGACGGCGACGCAGAUCAAGUACUGGAAGGAUUACCCGGAGGUCAAGCAGAGCAUGGAUGAGAUCCUCCACAUCACGAAGCAAGAUCAGUACUGGCGCUGA